CGGAGCCCCCUUCGGAGCUGGGAUCCCGGCGAGCAGCCCAGCCUGGUGUGGGCCUGUGUGCCGUCCCGCCCGCUCCCCGCCAUGGCCUCCUGGGGCCCAGGAGCCCGGCUCCUGCUGUUGCUGCUGCUGCUGCUGCCACCGCCUCCUGCGACCUCGGCCUCGGACCGUUCUCGGGGCAGUGACCGUGUUAACCCAGAGAGGCUGCUGGUAAUUACGGUGGCCACAGCCGAGACGGAGGGAUACCGGCGUUUCCUGCGGUCGGCAGAGUUCUUCAACUACACUGUGCGGACCCUGGGCCUGGGCAAGGAGUGGCGAGGAGGUGAUGUGGCCAGAACUGUUGGUGGAGGACAGAAGGUCAGGUGGCUGAAGAAGGAAAUGGAGAAAUACAGAGACCAGGAGGAUAUGGUCAUCAUGUUUGUGGACAGCUACGAUGUGAUUCUGGCUGGCAGCCCGACAGAGCUGCUGAAGAAGUUCGUGCAGAGUGGCAGCCGCCUGCUCUUCUCUGCAGAGAGCUUCUGCUGGCCAGAGUGGGGGCUGGCAGAGCAGUACCCUGAGGUGGGCACGGGCAAGCGCUUCCUCAACUCUGGUGGGUUCAUCGGCUUCGCCCCCAUCAUCCACCAAAUUGUCCGCCAGUGGAAGUACAAGGAUGACGAUGAUGACCAGCUGUUCUACACUCAGCUCUACCUGGACCCAGGCCUGAGGGAGAAACUCAGACUUAGUCUGGAUCAUAAAUCCCGGAUCUUUCAGAACCUCAAUGGGGCUUUAGAUGAAGUGGUUUUAAAGUUUGAUCGGAACCGUGUGCGUAUUCGUAAUGUGGCCUAUGAUACACUCCCUGUUGUGAUCCAUGGCAACGGUCCCACUAAGCUCCAGCUGAAUUACCUGGGAAACUAUGUCCCCAAUGGUUGGACUCCUGAGGGAGGCUGUGGAUUCUGCAACAAGGACCAGAGGACACUCCCGGGGGGGCAGCCUCCCCCCCGGGUGCUUCUAGCUGUGUUUGUGGAACAACCUACCCCGUUCCUGCCCCGCUUCCUGCAGCGGCUGCUGCUCCUGGACUAUCCCCCUGACAGGGUCACCCUUUUCCUGCACAACAACGAGGUGUACCAUGAGCCUCACAUUGCAGACGCCUGGCCCCAGCUCCAGGACCAUUUCUCAGUUGUGAAGCUGGUGGGGCCAGAGGAGGCCCUGACGCCAGGCGAGGCCAGAGACAUGGCCAUGGACAGUUGUCGGCAGGACCUCAGCUGUGAAUUCUACUUCAGCCUGGAUGCUGACGCCGUCAUCACCAACCAGCAGACCCUGCGCAUCCUCAUUGAGGAGGACAGGAAGGUGAUAGCUCCCAUGCUUUCCCGCCACGGAAAGCUGUGGUCGAACUUCUGGGGCGCGCUGAGCCCUGAUGAGUACUAUGCCCGCUCUGAGGACUACGUGGAGCUGGUGCAGCGGAAGCGAGUGGGCGUGUGGAAUGUGCCCUACAUAUCCCAGGCAUAUGUGAUCCGUGGGGAGACCCUGAGGACAGAGUUGCCCCAGAAGGAGGUAUUCUCCAGCAGUGACACUGACCCUGACAUGGCCUUUUGUAAAAGCCUGCGGGACAAGGGCGUCUUCCUCCACCUCAGCAAUCAGCAUGAAUUUGGCCGGCUCCUGGCCACUUCCCGGUACGACAUAGACCACCUGCACCCCGACCUCUGGCAGAUCUUUGACAACCCCCUGGACUGGAAGGAACAGUACAUUCAUGAGAACUACAGUCGGGCCCUUGAAGGGGAAGGAAUGGUGGAACAGCCGUGCCCAGACGUGUACUGGUUCCCACUACUGUCAGACCAAAUGUGUGACGAGCUUGUAGAGGAAAUGGAGCACUAUGGCCAGUGGUCAGGAGGCCGGCAUGAGGAUUCCAGGCUGGCUGGAGGCUACGAGAACGUGCCCACAGUGGACAUCCACAUGAAGCAGGUGGGCUACGAGGACCAGUGGCUGCAGCUGCUGAGGACGUAUGUGGGGCCCAUGACGGAGAGCCUAUUCCCUGGCUACCACACCAAGACCCGGGCAGUGAUGAACUUUGUGGUCCGCUACCGGCCAGAUGAGCAGCCUUCCCUGCGGCCACACCACGACUCCUCCACCUUCACCCUCAAUGUUGCCCUCAACCACAAGGGCCUGGAUUAUGAGGGAGGUGGCUGCCGCUUCCUGCGCUAUGACUGUGUGGUCUCAUCCCCACGGAAGGGCUGGGGGCUCCUGCACCCUGGCCGUCUCACUCACUACCACGAGGGGCUGCCCACUACUCGGGGCACUCGCUACAUCAUGGUGUCCUUUGUUGACCCCUGACAUUCAACCACUCUGCCAAACCUUCCCCACCACUGUGCCUUCUUGGCGGGCCUGGGUAUAGCCUCCAAUCCUUGGAGAGGGGGGUCUGUCUGUCUCCUCGCUUCCAGUGUGCAUGUUCUGUGUGCCUGGGACUGAAUGUGUCGCCUUGUUCCACAACACACGGCCCUCUCAGGAAGCUCCUGGAGCCCCCGUUUCCUCCCCUCAGACCCAAGGGGUCCUGAGGAGAGGGCUUCUGGGGGUUCCUGGUGUGAUAAAUUAUUAAGGUUUCUCAACCUCCCACCUCCCCCAAU